AUGCAGAGAAAUCCGAUGGCGCGCUCAACCCGCGGAAAAAAUCCACCGAAGGAAAAGGCGAAAAAGACGUCGGCAGAAGCAACGAGUUCGAACCCUACUGCCGAGAAACCGCCGGCACCACUACUCGAAGAAAAUCCAGUACCCACACCGGCGGUAGUUCAACCACAGCCAGAAAUCACACCGGAAAACCCAACAUCUACACUAGCUUCCGCCACGGCAACUAACGAGGAAGUUCUGGAUCCCGAAGAGGUAGUGAGAGAAUUCAUGGAGAAGUAUGAGAAUGUACCGAAGGCGAGCAAAUUCUUCGCUAACAUCUCGGAGGCGUUUCGGAAGCAAGAACAAGAGUUUCCUGCCCUAAGCCCACUUACAAUCCCACCAAGGCCCCAAACCUUAAUCGAAACACCCACUGCACAAGCCUUACCCACACACCAAGAAAACCCCCAAAUCUUGCCCGAAACCCUAACCCAAGAAACGAACCCCCCAAACACUAUUCCUCAAAUAGAAACUGAGCCCCUUGCCGAGCCUUCUGUAAAUGAAGAAGAGUCCGCCGAGGAGGAUGACGAUAAAAUGGAUACCAAUGAAUCCGAGAGAGAGGAGGAGGGGGGUGAACGAGUUGAGCAAGAACAAAUACUGGAUGAAGAGGCCACUGGGUCAGGGGAUGAGGGAGAUAAGAGAGAGGGUAUAGACGGUGGAGAGGGUGCUGAGGAAGGGAAAGAUAAGGUGGAAGAAACAGAGGGUGUGAAGGAGACAGAAAGGCAGGAUCUGGAGAAGCUUAUGGGUGAUGAGGAGGGUAGAGAAGAGGAGACUGUUGAUGAGAAGGCUAAGAAGGAAGAGGAGACUGUUAGUAAGGAGGCUGUUGAGAAGGAAGAGGAAAGAGACGGCGAUGGAAAAGGUGCCGAGAAAGAAAGUGAAGAGAUAGAGACGGAGAUCGUAGUGGUAGACGACACUACUACUGAGGAGCAAGGGACCCCGACAGAUGAGAGGUUGACAAGGAGGCAGUCCCGCCGGAACAGGAAACAAGAGGAUGAGGCAGAGGAAGAUAGGGCCAAGAGAUUAAGACUGGAGGACACAGAAGAAACAGGGGACGACAUCCCCCAGGUUCAGGAAUCUUUGGCGGUCGAGAAGGAUAUUUCUCCGGAGGCCCUGGAAACGAGAUAUGAGGCAGAGAGGAAGAGAAAGGGGAAGCACACUGCUAAGCCCCAAAAGAAGAAAUCUCGCCCAGCGUCCAUCACUGUGGUGAUUAGCGAGCCGGAGGCGAUCCGAGUGCCAUUUGCCGAUCCGAAUGGGAAGUCCGCGAAGUCCGGGAAGAAGUUGUACCUCUCAGACCUGAGGGAUCUGGGAGUGGAGAAGAAGUUCAUCUCUUACUUCAAGAGCAUCAGGUUCGAGUGGCUUCUAAACCACAGUGAAGAGGAGGUACCGGUGGCUCUGGAAAAGGAGUUCUUCACGGCCUUCAAAUUCAAACAAACUACGGAUCUCGACGCGGACUCAAUCUCAUUCAGACUGUUCAAUGAGGAGAUGAAAAUGAGUAUCAGAGAGUGGUCACUAAGGAUGGGACUACUCACGCCCGAGGAAGAGGAAGAGGGGACCUGGAACGAGAGGGAAAUCGACGCACCCAAGAAUACAGAAGGUUUCGAUGCUGAGGAGGCCUGGAGGAUGAUUGCCCACAAGAAGGUGUCCAAGUUCAAGACAAGCUCAUCGAAGGGAGUACACAUCACUGAUCCAGUGCUCUGCCUAGCACAAGUGUACACUGGGUACAAUCUCCUGGGUCAAGUAGGUGCAACCCUCACCACUCCAGAGCUAUACUUCAUGUGGUGUAUGCUAAACAAUGUGAAGGUCCACCUCGGGUACUGGACUGCCCAUGCAUGCUAG